UUGCAGUUGAAGCUGUCAACAGUUCUGACGGACCCCGACCUGUUGUUUCCAUUCAUGCAAUUCAUGAAGGCAGAAGCCUCAGUCAAUGUCCUCCAGUUCUACCUCAUCAUCGAGGAGUUCAACCAGAAAGUGCUGACACCUGAGCUGACAGAAGAGAAGCUGAAUGAGCUUCACGUGGAGUUGUGCAAGCUGUACGACAACUACUUCAAUCCAACCGCCCACGACUGCAUCAGAUUCGAUGAGGAUGUCGUCUUGCAGAUUAAAAACAUAUGUGAGGGACCUGCUGAAUCCGUCAAACAGCUGCAAACAACAACACCGCUCUUUAGGGCAUAUGAACACGCAUACGAUCUCCUCGAGCACAACUUCCUUCCACUCUUCCACCAGAGCGAC